GGGGGCGGGGCCGCGCAGGCCGGAAGCGCAGCGGGCGGCGAAGAUGGCGGAGAGCAGCGGUCGCGCCGGCAAGAGCAGCGGCAGCGGCGCGGGGAAAGGGGCGGUGUCGGCAGAGCAGGUUAUCGCUGGCUUCAACCGUCUUCGGCAGGAGCAGCGGGGUCUGGCAUCCAAAGCAGCUGAGCUGGAGAUGGAGUUGAAUGAGCACAGCCUGGUGAUUGACACCUUGAAGGAGGUCGAUGAGGCCCGCAGGUGCUACCGAAUGGUUGGGGGCGUGCUGGUGGAGCGGACUGUCAAAGAGGUGCUGCCUGCCCUGGAGAACAACAAGGAGCAGAUACAGAAGAUCAUUGAGACCCUUACACAGCAGCUUCAGGCAAAAGGAAGAGAAUUAAAUGAAUUUCGGGAAAAGCACAACAUUCGUCUCAUGGGGGAAGAUGAGAAGCCAGCAGCCAAGGAGAACUCAGAAGGGGCUGGGGCUAAGUCCAGCUCAGCUGGAGUGUUGGUCUCCUAGGAACCAAGGCGUUUGCAUUUUUUUCUACCCUGACUCCCACUUCUUCUAAUUUCUCUUUAUUGUUAUUAUUAUUAUUUUCUCUGCUAUUGUAAUAUUUUUUGUUAAUUAAAUGUUUUGGUCAGAA